AUGUCGAAAGCGAGCGACUCUGCAUCCACCGCCGCGGGCAGCAGCGCCAAUGGCGUCGGUCCCAGCCGUCGGACCUGGGACAAAGACGACUUCACCCGCAAAGCCCUCUCUCGCGAGAAGCGUCAAGCCGAACUUGAUUCCGUCAACGCCGAACGCCGUUCCCAAGGUCUCCCAUCCUUGAAACGUCUCAAAUCCAACCAACCCGAACCCGAACUCGCCAUGCAGCAGCGCAGAGCACCGCUCGAUCUCGAGCGCAACGAGGGAAAGACGCUCAUGGUCGACCUCGCGACCGACGGGGCAAAAGGUCAGACAGGUCCCGGCUUCUACUGCGAAGUCUGCAGGAAACUGCUCAAGGACAAUCUGGCCUAUCUGGAUCAUAUAAACGGGCGCGUGCAUCUGAUGAGGAUCGGCCAGAGUACGCAGCAGGAUAGAGCGAGUCUCGAAGAGGUCCAGCAGAUGUUGGACGAGUUGAGGAGGAAACAGCAGGGAGAUGCGAGUGCCGUGUAUGAUUUCGAUCAAAGAAUAAAGCAGAUCGCCGAACAGGAGGAGAAAGCUAGACACGAAAAGAGGGAAAAGAGGAGACAGAAGAAGCAACAAUCGAAACUACCAACCGCUGAUACUGAAGUCGAAACAGCGGCAGCGACAGGAGAGGAUGGAGGGAAUGACGCCGAAGCCGCAAUGAUGGCUGCCAUGGGUUUCGGCGGCUUCGGUUCCACAAAGAAGCGCUGA